UCAGUAGAAAAAAACCUGCAAUUACUGUAAUAACUGAUUUGUCCGAUAUUCUUACAUUAUAACGUAUAUUUCAAUAAUAUUUAGCCAUCUAAUAUUGAAUUAUUCGUGUCAGUCCGAUUCAUCAUCACAAUUUUUUUAGCACCCCCCGUCUGAUGUUCAACACCUUCAAAACUCCACCAAAAUGAGUCGCAAAAAUCUAGUAUUCGACGAAAAACUAAACCUUGAAAAAAUAAGACAACUGAUCGAAAAAAAAGGCAUAGAUAUAAACGCAACUGUGACAUAUUGCGAGGAAAAAGGCUGGACAUUUCUUCACGUAGCUGUGGACACCUCCAACGAAGAAUUGCUUGACUACUUGCUUGACAACAAAGCUAACCUGAAUGUUAACAACGAAAACUGGGGGACUCCUCUCCAUAUCGCCGUAACACGUGACAACAUGAGAGUGGUUGAAAAGCUGAUCGACCAUGGUGCUGAUGUGAAUAGUCCAAAAGGAUCCUAUGUCUGGACACCUUUGCAUGUGGCGAUUGAAGCCCUCCGAGAAGAAGCAGCCAAACUUCUGGUCAGAAAAGGUGCUGAUGUGAACAUACCUUGUGAUGAUGCGAUUAGAACAGGCUGCACGCCAUUUCACGUCGCUAUUGAGACGAAUCGUGAGAAACUGAUUGAGUUUCUUCUGAAAAACAAAGCUGACGUCAACACCAAGUUGAAAUUGUUUAGCUGGCCGAUUUUCUCCGCUACUACUUUAGGGAACCCGAAAAUUGUCAGAAGUCUGAUUGACCAUGGAGCCAGUAUCAACCUGCCUGUUGAUGAUCAGGAUUCGCCUUAUUUUUCCUUCACUCCUUUGCACAUCGCUGCUACCUUUAAGCACAGUAAGGUUGUCAGAGUCCUGAUGGACUACGACGUUGACAUUGAUGCUGUCACUAAUCAGGGUGAUACUGCCCUCCAUCUUGCCCUUCUGCGCCCCAACGAGGCUGUUGUCAAGCAGCUUCUCAUUGCUGGUAUCAACGUAAAUAUUCUUAACAAUGAAAAUAAGAUUGCGAUUAAUUAUUGCGAUGAAGAUUCGAUUUUCAAAAUGGUCAAGGAACAUAUUGUAAAGCUUAAGGCGGCAAAAGUGUGGAUUCAUAAGAAGAAUAUUAAUAUAAUUCUCAAAGAUACGGAACUAAAGGAACUGUGGAAGAAGUGUCUUGAAGAAAUUGAAGGGAUGAAGGUUGCCAAAAUUGGAGCUGUUACCUUUUUUGAUGUUUUGAAUGAUCAUGGACGUGAGUUGGAGGUUUAUACUGAGAAUUCUGAAGACGUUGCGGCGGUUUUGGAUGCUGGGGUGGGAAAGAUGUUUCCUUUGUAUGCUGAUAUUUUGGAGAGUCGUUUGAAAGGGAAGUAUAGAGGAAAGAUGGUUAAGUGUGAGUGAAAUUAUAUUUUGAGAAUUAAUAAAUGGUAUUUGUGAUAUUUUUGGGAAA